GCCAAUUUCUGACAUAUCGUGACUUUUCGGUCCAAUUUUGUGCAUAAUUUAUUAAAUUAAUUUUAACCAUUUUUAAUUGUAUUUUUUUUUAAAUAGACAAUGUAAGUUAUGCGUUUUCUAGUCAGAUCUAUAUUAGCAUUUAGGAAGCCAGUGCUACCAAACAGAAAUAUCCGGUUGCAGCUGCAACAUCCAUUUACAACAGCACUAAUUUGGCGAGCCAUGGAAGAUAAGGAAGCGUUGAAGAAACGUUUAACGCCCUUACAGUAUCAUGUGACACAGGAGGCCGGCACUGAGAGGCCUUUUACAGGUUGCUACAACAAAUUCUAUGAUGAGGGUGUGUAUGUUUGUAUAGUAUGCAGACAAGAGCUAUUCACUUCCAAUACAAAAUUCGACUCUGGUUGUGGUUGGCCCGCAUUCAAUGAUGUUUUAGCUAAGGACAAGGUUACUCUGCAUCAAGACACAAGUGCAGUCGGAGCAAAUCUAUUACUGGUAUUAACACGACCAGGUGUGGUGCGAACUGAGGUGCGAUGCUCCAAGUGCUCUGCUCACCUGGGACAUGUGUUCGAUGAUGGGCCAGCGCCCACCAAGAAACGAUUUUGCAUUAAUUCCGCAUCCAUGGACUUCAUACCAGCUGAAGAAAGGAAUGACUAAUAUUUAUGUUAUUGUGCCUAACUACCGGACAGAUUAGCUAUUGAUAUGGAUUUUGCAAAAUACCUGGGCACUUUAUUAUGAUUUGAUUAAUUAAAACCGUACAAGUAAGCUUUUAAUGCUGAAACUGACUUAGCUUAUCGAUAAACUAUCGUGUUGUGUUGUGUAAACGUAUUAAGACUUUUACGAAGAUCUGGAGUUCGGAACGCGCAUCUAACAUAAUGAGCAGUAUAUUUAGCGUAGUAUAGGUAUAUAUGUAUAAUGCCUAAAUGAUAUAAGUACGUACAGACAAUAACAAAUUACCAAUAUUUAUAAUAUUUUAUUCGACUGCUUGGCUUGGCGGCGAGCUAAUAAGACAGAGAUACUAAAUAUCGCUCGAUGGAUUAAUAAAAUAAUAUCCAAGACAAUCAACAUUCUACAGUACAGUGAAGAGAGAUCGAAAUUUCGAUUAGCUAGUUUCCCGUAAAAUCAGAAAAUAGCGCGAUUUUCUGUUGGUAUAUAACGCCAAACUCCGCCUCUACGUAAAAGGCCUUAUGGACCAUACGUAUUACCAGAUUCUUUUCUGUUCUCAAGAACAUUACAGUACAAUGAAUAGUAAAUUCAUUAUAAAACGUACUUAUCAUUACUUCCCUA